ACGCCCCGCGCAGGCGCAGCUCCUGGGUGGCGGGUCAGCUGAUCCGAGGUGUGGUUUCGCCGGUUUUAGGCCGGUCCUUUGGUUCUGUGAGCCGCAGCAGCCAUGGCCAGCCAGUCGCAGGGAAUCCAGCAGCUGCUGCAGGCCGAGAAGCGGGCCGCGGAGAAGGUGUCCGAGGCCCGCAAGCGAAAGAACCGGAGGCUGAAGCAGGCCAAAGAAGAAGCUCAGGCUGAGAUUGAACAGUACCGCCUGCAGAGGGAGAAAGAGUUCAAGGCCAAGGAAGCUGCGGCCUUAGGAUCCCAUGGCAGCUGCAGCAGUGAAGUGGAGAAAGAGACCCAGGAGAAGAUGGCCGUCCUCCAGACCUACUUCCGGCAGAACAGGGAAGAGGUCCUGGAUAACCUCUUGGCCUUUGUCUGUGACAUCCGGCCAGAAAUCCAUGAAAACUACCGCAUCAAUGGAUAAAAAAGAAAGAAGUUUCUGUUCUCUGAAUUAGCAUUGUAGUUGCUCUCAUGGGAUAUGAAGCUUUAGCAAAGUUGACUUCUGCUCUUAUAAAAUGCAUUAAAUUAUUUCUUAUGUUGUAAAAUAGUUCCCUUCAGUUUUUGGAGAGUAGCAUAUCUAGCUUCUUUGGACAAACUUAGUACUUUUCUCCAAAGAUUUCUUUUUACCUCAUAUUUCUUAGAAAUUUAAUGAGUGUAUGUUGUCUGUUUUCCUAUACCUUUUGGCUCAAGCAACAUGUAUAUCAGUGUUGACUUUCUUAUUCUUAGAUUUAGUAAGAAAAGAACAAACAGUUCUUUAAAGAAAGGAAGGGAUUAAAUGACUUUUUCCCUUACACUUUCUUGAAGGUCAGGGGCUUUAUCUAUGAAAAA